AUGUACGGAAUCCGCGUCGAUGGCCCAAUCAGAGGCGCCCUUGAGUACGAGAUCGUUCAAGUGGUGGAUAUGGCGCCAAUACUGCGGGAUAUGGUCUUUUCAGUAGAUCACAAGUAUUUGUACAUCAUGUCCGAGAAACAGGUCACUCGGGUACCAGUGGAAUCCUGCGGUCAGUACAAAAGCUGCAGUGAAUGCCUGGGCUCUGGGGACCCCCACUGCGGAUGGUGCGUGCUCCACAACACGUGCACGAGGAAAGAGCAAUGCGAACGGUCCAGCGAGCCCCGAAGGUUUGCCUCCGAGAUGAAGCAGUGUGUCCGACUCGCCGUACACCCUAACAACAUCUCCGUCUCCCAAUAUAGUGUAAUGCUGGUUUUGGAGACUUAUAACGUUCCUGAGCUGUCCGACGGCGUCAACUGCACCUUUGGGGACUUUUCGGAAAUGGACGGAGUGGUGAUGGGGAACCAGAUUAAGUGCCUCUCCCCGGCUGCCAAGGAGGUGCCGAAGAUCAUCACAGAGAACGGAGAUCACCACAUUGUCCAGCUACAGCUCAAAUCCAAGGAAACGGGCAUGACUUUUGCCAGCACCACUUUCGUCUUCUACAACUGCAGCGUCCACAAUUCGUGCCUCUCUUGUGUGGAGAGUCCAUAUCGGUGCCACUGGUGCAAAUAUCGUCACGUCUGCACUCACGACCCUCAUAAUUGCCAUUUUUCGGAAGGACGAGUCAAGCUGCCUGAGGACUGCCCCCAGCUGCUGCAAGUCAACAAGAUCUUGGUGCCCGUGGAGGUGAUCAAGCCCAUCACGCUGAAGGCCAAGAACUUGCCCCAGCCGCAGUCGGGCCAGCGAGGGUACGAGUGCAUCAUCAACAUCCAGGGCAACGAGAAGAGGGUGCCGGCCUUGCGGUUCAACAGCUCCAGCGUCCAGUGCCAGAACACUUCAUAUUCCUACGAUGGAAUGGAGAUCAACAGUCUGCCGGUAGAGCUGACAGUCGUCUGGAAUGGGAAUUUCAACAUUGACAACCCAGCGCAGAACAAAGUCCACCUCUACAAAUGCGGAGCCAUGCGAGAGAGCUGCGGUUUGUGCCUCAAGGCGGAUCCGGACUAUGAAUGCGGCUGGUGUGAAGAUCUGAAUCAGUGCACACUUAAACAUCACUGCCCGAUCGUGGAGAACCGGUGGCUGGAGCUGUCGGCAACGGGGGGCAAGUGCACCAACCCGAAGAUCACCGAAAUCAGCCCGGUGAGAGGGCCCCGAGAAGGAGGGACCCGAGUGACCAUCCGGGGAGAAAAUCUGGGCUUGGAGUUCCGGGACAUUGCCAAGAAAGUCAAAGUCGCUGGUGUGGAUUGCGAACCCUUGGUAGAUGGAUACAUCCCAGCAGAGCAAAUAGUGUGUGAGAUGGGAGAGGCCAAACCCAGUCAGCAUGCGGGAAACGUGGACAUCUGUGUGGCCGAGUGUAAGCCGGAGUUCAUGGCUAAAUCCUCGCAGUUCUAUUAUUUUACGACUCUGACGCUUUCCGACCUAUAUCCGAAGCAAGGGCCCAUGUCCGGGGGCACUCAAGUCACCAUCACGGGCACCAACCUGAAUGCCGGCAGCAACGUCUCAGUGUCGUUGGGUCAGCAUCCCUGCCAUUUUCACUGGAGAUCUGCCAAAUACAUUGUCUGCAAUACCACAGCGUUCAGCAAUGGGCUGGAGAAGAACGUGGUGGACGUGACUGUGAAGGUGGAUAAAGCCACACUACGUAAAGAGCAGGAGAAGACCAAGUCACAUAAGGAACUGAAGUUUAAGUAUGUGGAAGAUCCGACCAUCUUGAGGAUUGAACCGGAAUGGAGCAUCGUCAGUGGGAAUACACCCAUUACAGUGUGGGGGACUAACCUGGACCUCAUCCAGAAUCCUCAGAUCCGGGCCAAAUACGGUGGGAAAGAACAUAUCAAUGUUUGUGAAGUGCAGAACGACACGGAGAUGAUCUGCCAAGCACCAGCCCUAGCGGUGGAUCCCAAUAACCAGUCUGAUCUGACCGAGCGUCCAGACGAGUUUGGCUUCAUCUUGGACAACGUCCACGCCUUGCUGAUCCUCAACAAAACCAACUUCACCUACUACCCAAAUCCUGUCUUUGAGGCUUUCAACCCCUCUGGGAUUUUGGAGCUGAAACCAGGAACUCCUGUUAUUUUAAAGGGGAAGAACCUGAUCCCACCGGUGGCAGGAGGGAACGUCAAACUGAAUUAUACAGUGCUGGUCGGCGAAAAGCCCUGUGUGGUCACUGUUUCGGACGUGCAGCUGCUGUGUGAGUCCCCGAAUCUCACAGGGCGGCAUAAAGUGAUGGGGUUAGCUGCUCCUGUCACACCACCAUAUGGGUGCCACAGCUGCACUACUAGCACUGCCAUGAUCAAGAGCCCGUACACUGGCUCUGUGCAGGCAACCAUACCCCAACUGAUCGCCUUGAUCCGCUAG